AUGGGACCUUUCGCUCUCCCAGUGCCAGGUUAUCGCCUUGGUGCACAUCACCGCAUAAACAAACCUAAGAAAACAGAUGAUGAACAAGAAGAAAAUGGGGAGGAAGUCUGGGUCGGAUCUGAAUGGGGCACACCCUCCUCACGUCUCCCCUCAGACUCUAUCAACCCCCUCAGCCAUACACCAGAUACACUUCGGCAAUUCGCCGUUGCUGGACUGUCGCCCACAGAGGAGAUACCGUCAAAGGCAAACCCCUCAUUCCCACAUAAGCCACUCCAGCCAGAAGGCAAGAAACGCAGGAAGCGCGAUGUCAGCAAAGACGAUAAAAAUGCUACGGAGGAUCAGGAUAAGGGCGUUACAUCAAAGCAGUGCUCGGAGCGCUUAAAGCAUCUAAGCACGUUAACAGCGAUCCUACACUGCUGUCUCGGCGAGGGCGACAUCGCACGUGCGAAACGUGCCUUCGGGUUAUUAGUACAGACCAAGGACGUAGAUAUCCGACAAGCCGGACUAUGGGCUAUAGGUUCCGAGAUCCUCAUGCGAGACGGAGAGUCAGAGGAAGACCAACUCAGACAUAAGCAGGGACGGGACGACGAACUACACCGCUGGGGUUCCGCCGCCAACGUCGACAAAGUAAAAUCCUACUUCGAAACCCUCAUCCAGCAACACCCGCACGACACGCACCGGCCACACCUCACCAGCGCGCUAGACUUCUGGCCCGCGCUCUUCGGCAUCGAGGUGUACAAUAUCGAUGCGGAAAUGCGGGCUGCGAUGCAUCAUCUGCAACAGCAACAAGAUCAAAACCAAGGUCGAGACCAAGAAGAAGAUGAUGGGGGGUAUGGAUUUGACGUGGACAUGGCGUAUUCAGACGAAGCAUUUGAAUCGCACAGGGAGCUCCAAGACCAACGACGACGAGAAGCUACCUACGCGGCCCGCGAUGACAUACGCACGCGCGCGUUGGCCGCCGCCGAGGCGGUCGCCAAGCAAAUGGACCAAGUGAUGGAGAACGCGCCGUACGGCGCGCACCGCGGCCUCCUUCGGCUGCGGGCGCAUCUAGCGUUAUUCGUCGGGGAUUUGUGUCUGCCGGCGCGGCUUAUCGACGGCGGCCACCACAUGUCCAAAGAAGAGAAGAAGAAGAAGAAGCUGAAGAAGCGAAUGAAGAAAGGCAAGGGUAAGAAUAGCGAGGAUGAGCUGCGGGCGCGUGCCGAGACGGCGGAGGACUAUGCUGCGCUGGGUAGGAGGCGGGAUGAGCAAGGUAGGGCGAGGAUGUUGUUUCGGAAGGUGUUGGAUGGGGGAGGGGAGGGAGAGCCGGAGGGGGAUGGGGGGGCGGAUAGUUGGGUGCGGAGGUUUGUGGAGGAGGGUGAGGAUGAGGAGAUGGAUGGGAGAGGUGGUGAUGAAUGGUAG